UAAGUGAGCGCUUGUGGAGAGCAGCAGUUCUAGCGGACUUAUGAACAAAUAAUAAUAAUAUAGUGCAUUAUACUGAUAAUUAUUCUACUCUACAAUAUUCCACUACUACUGGUCCUGCUGUUCAUACACCUGGUUAAUCACAGACAGAUUAAUCAGAGAUAUUAUAAGUGGAAAACGACAGAAACAGAAUGCUGUGUGUAAGGGAUACAAGCGGCUGCUUCCAGGACCAGAUGCGUUACAUGAUGCGAUCACUGCAGGACCUGAAACAGCUUCGGGAGCCCAGUGAGCCCACCAAGUGUUCAUACGCAGUGAGACGAGCCUGUCAGCGAAGGGAGCGGCAGCGUGAGCACCUGAGCCGCCUCCGGAUCUCUCAGUCCAGUGACGGCAGUGCAUACGACUCGGCCUGUUGCUUGGCAAGCCCUUUGGAGGAAGAGCAGGACGGGAAUGAUGUAGUUGGACAACUACCCCAGGGCUCACCGUGCAGCGAGAAAAGUGUGGAUUUCGAUUCAGGAUAUUCCGAGGCUUCUUGGCAGGAUGAGGGUGUGGUACUGCGCAGAACCAGAAAUGUACGUGUGUCGUCCUCAGCCUGCGUCCGCACUAACCGCAUUCGGCCCAAAUCAACAUCAGAUGCCUGUCUGGAACGAUGGACCUCGUUCGAAGCCAGUGAGCCUGAGGACUGGACUACUUCUUUGUUGACCAGAGGACGCAACAGGCAACCCCUUGUACUUGGAGACAACAGCUUUGCAGACCUAAUCAAAAACUGGAUGGAUCUUCCAGAGUGUCCUGAUGUGAGUGAAUUAAAACCCAAUCCGAGUCGGAAAGUGGCCAGGGACUUUCUAAUUAACAUGAGGAGGAAACUAACCGGCAGGUCCAAAGGAAUCGAAGGUCGAGUCAAGUCUGCAGAGCCGCUCGCGAAACGGAUGUCAUGUCCCGUAGGGUUUCAGAUUCCAAAGCCUUUUUUUCACCAGUCACACACUGGGCUUCACCAGAUGGAAACAGACUUUUACCAGUUCAGCGCUCUUAUGAAGAGUGGAAGCAGACAGCCUAUUAUAUGUAAUGACAUCAUUGGUUACAUCUGAGGCAUUGCUAUAACGGAGGACUAAAACAAUACUUGUUUUGUACUGGUGUUAACAUAUACAGUAAAAUAAACAAAUGUGAAAAUUCCACAA